ACGACUGGUGGUGGCGCGCUUCAACAGAGCACACGGGAGGCGGUGUCUGUCAGUCCGGAGAACUACGUCCUUCUGAGCUCACUUCCGCCGGCUCGAAUCGGAUCACCAUUCUUUGCAGCGCUUUUGUUCUCCCAUUUCAAUCCAGCACCGCUUGCGAAAAUAAGAACCUAUCCGGUUGGAGCUGAGUAGCGGACCCUUCCGUUGCAGAGACGCCUGGUAGCUCUACAUGCAAAGCGCUGUCUGCAGAGGAGAUACGCGGCACUCCAUAGUUGCAUAACUGGACUACUUGUAAUUUCGUUGUCGGUUUUUAUUUCGAUUUUUGUUGCAUCAAACGGACUUCCUCAAUAACUCAAAAUGGAGAACGACGAAAAAUACCUCCCUGAACUGCUGGCUGAGAAGGACAGCCUGGACUCGUCAUUCACCCACGCCAUGAAACUUUUAAACACAGGUAAAGUGCUAUGGUGUGGCGUCAUGUGUUUGGACGUGUACUGAACGAUUCAAGCAAAAGAAUGGUGGUGUUGUUUUUGUCAGGAAGUCUGAAAAAAUUGAUUCACGCUUUAUAACGUUUGUUUUGGACAGGACCGAGUCAAGAAAGUGUUGUCACACCAGUGUUUGAUUCACUGAAUAUGAGUGUGGGAUUUGAUGAAAAUAUAGGUAACUUUGUUAAAUGUAUUUAGCCUGAAUCGACCGUGCCUCCUCUCGUGCUGUCACGACGUUUUGAAUUGUUCGACUUUUCAUGGUACCACGAACACGUCGAGUUUUAAUUAAGAACACACACUUUCCUGGAUAAAGCCUGGAUUGUUUGUGAUGUCAAACCCCUGUUGAUCUUGUCGUCUGGAGGAGAAGUUAGUCUGCAGUCCAAAAUACACGGCAGCAUCCGUGACAUAGGUCACCUCGUUAUUUCCGAGCCGAGAGGCGGCCCAUCAGCUGUGACAGAACUCCUGGAGUCCCGCUGUCUGUCUGUCUGUCUGUCUGUCUGUCUGUCAGGCGCUGCUGAAGCGUCCUUGAUGGAGCGACUGCAGCUCCCAGCAUCCUCACUGCUGCUGUCUCAAAGCGGGAGAGAGCAAAGAGGACAGCAGAGUGGACUGCUGCUGUGAGAUGUUCGCCUUUGGUCAGCAGUUGGCUCAGAGACGCUUCUGUUGUUGUUAUUAUUGCGUGGCUCUCACGUGAAUCGCGUGAAACAAUGCAGGGACUCAGUGGACCAGUGUUACUGCAACGAACGGUGACAUUUCAUUAACACAAUGAGAAUGAAACUACACACACAUCAUUGGGACUAUUGACGGUGCUCGUUCAGUCUUUUUCCUCUCUGUUGCUCACAUAUUCCACUAAGUUCAUUACCUCAAAAUGGUGGUAUAUUUAGGUUCCUUUAAAGAAAGCUAUCUUGGAUAACUGGUUAUGCGGAAUGUAACCUGAUUUCUGAGCUGAGAAGGAAAAGUGUGUCAUUGUGAGUGUGUUUUGGGCUCUUCAUCAUCUCAGCCUCCCCUGACCCGCAGAUGCCGGGCUGUGGCAUUGCGAUGUAUCUCCAUAUCCCAAGUUAGAGCUGCAACAGGCAGGGCUUAGACUUUGAUUUCAAUUUAGGUUUUUGGUACUUUGGUUACUGUGGUUAAAAAGAAAAAGAUUACGACUAAAAGAAGUUUACUACCUUGAUAAUUACUCCUGUAAUUAAUUUGUAACGAUUACUGGUUAAUUUUUAGGAUCUGUCAUAUUAUACUAAAAAUUGAACUCGCUCUCAUUUCCAAUGGUGCCUCCUUUAUACUCUUGUUGUAGGACCAGACAUCCAAAACCUGUAAAAAUUCUGUUUCCAGCAAUGGAGAGGGCUAAUUUUGGUCUAGUAAUCACUGGAUGGUUAAAUAAUGGCAUUUUUGUAUGUGUGAGGAAAGAGCAUUUAUUUGUUCAUGAUCCCCUUCUUAUUUUAUAUUUGAUUUGAGGCCGUUCCUGAGUGCACCUACAUUUCAGUGUCUCUCUUUGUACCGUGACAAUAAAGAAUCUUAUCUCAUUUUAUUUAAAAAGCCACAUCCAGCCAUUGUUCUUGUGUUUUGUGAUGGGAAAACAUCUGAAUCAGUUGUAAAAAUAGUUGCCUGUUACAAAAUUAGUCACCUCACUGUUGGGUCAGAAUAUUUAGAGGGCCACAAGAGUUGCUUUAGUCCUCUUUUGAUUCAUUAUUACCUUGAAACUGCAGUGUUUGUUUGGCAUGAAAGUACUGUUCUUUUAACAAGUUUUAUUGUUUAAACCGUUAGAGAAACAUUAAGAUACAAAAUGACUUGUUUUCAUAUGUAGGAAUAAAAGGAAAGCAACCAAAAUGUUACACACCUGUUAAAAACUGUAAUUCUUCAGUGAAACUGAACUCAUUUAAAGUAGUUGUGCACAGUUUACAAAUCCCUUCUUGAAUUAGUAUAAAGUAUGUGAAUAAUUACUGGUGAGACUUUGCUUUUUGAAACUCUGCCUAAGACUGUCCCUCUUUCUUAUUUAGAAAUUGAAAGACUCCAGAAAGGGGAGGCUAAAAAGGAGGCAGAAACGUACCUGGAUCUUUUCACAACAAAGAACAUCAAACUGAAAGAACGAGUACUCAUACCUGUCAAACAGUACCCAAAGGUGAGCUUUCCUUGCCCCCGUUUUUCUUUUUUUCCCUCAGUCUUUUCCCCUCUUGAUUUAAUUUAUCCUGCUGCAGAGUCUCAAUUACAUAGAGCCACUGGGUUACUUGUAAGUCUCAAAUUACUCUUUUCAACCUUGAUCUUUAAGCUGUGGUGUAUAAUUAAAGCUGAGAGCUGAUACUGGCAUGUUCCUGAAUAUUCCCAAAAGGAGAAAAAUCUUCAUCAUUUUAUGAUCAUGGAAACAUUGCAUUGCUCCUUAGUUCUUUAAGUCAACAUUGGAGGAAUUCUUAUGUGUUUGAAUUGAAAUAUGACUCUAUUUCAUCAUGUAACCUCAGGUUUGUCCCUCCUUAGGCUGAUGUUUGAAGAUACUGGAAGACACAUUUGACAUUAAAAUCUGUCCUUUAGAACUAGACUUUCUAGUCACAUAACACUUAAUCUGCAUGCUGAUGACAUUUUUAAAUUAAUAAUACCGUAAAGGGAUCUAGGUUAUGUGUAUAUAUAUAUGUAGAUGUACAUGUUCAGUGUUCAAAUAUCUAUGAGGUAGCUGCUGCAGAUUACCUGAAUGGUUGUAAUGAGAAGUACGUGAAGGGGUAUUACAGCACGAAAAGAGCUCAUAUCGACCGGCUCUGGUAAAUCUGCUUUUUAAGGCUGCAGCAUGUGCAACACAGCCCCUGACAGUGAUUGCUUCUUUACUCUCCUGGUAUAAAGCCGGGCCCUGCUUUGAUUGUCAGGUUAAUUUUGUUCUGCUUUGUUUUGCUAUUAGUUCAAUUUUGUCGGGAAGAUUUUGGGACCUCAGGGUAAUACAAUCAAACGUCUGCAGGAAGAGACUGGAGCUAAGAUCUCUGUGCUGGGCAAAGGAUCCAUGAGAGACAAAGCCAAGGUGAUACACUCAGAGACACACACAGUUGGCAUUUUACACCUGUGAAAAGGGUAAAAGCCAAAACACAUCUGGCCUGUACUUCAGAGGUAAAGCAGGCAAUGAGCCCAGAUGAUAUCAGCUUGCAGAAUAGUUUGUGUGAAUGCAAAUGUAAACCCAAGUGCACACAGGCAUGUCUUUUACACAAAACCUGUUAUCCUCCCAUUUACUGAUGUUAUUGAGCUGCACUGAGGGUAAUAAAAACACAUCUCUGUCUUAUGCAGAUAAAAUGUAAUUAAAUUCAGUAAAAAUCAUGGUAAAUGAAUACAUUGAUUUUAUUGCAAUGUUAGCUGCAUGCCUUGACCUGCUGACACUCCUCUAAUGUUGCCUUUGUUUCAGGAAGAAGGGCUGAGGAAAGGUGGGGAGCCCAAGUAUGCCCACUUGUCCAUGGAGCUGCAUGUUUUCAUCGAGGUCUUUGCCCCAGUGCCAGAUGCCUACCUGCGCAUGGCCCAUGCCAUGGAGGAGGUGAAGAAGUUUCUGUUCCCUGUAAGUUCGAGCCUAGAUUUUUUAAUUGUAUAAGAGUAAUUCAAUUUAUAGUCAAAGUCUAAUUUGAGGGUUUUUUUCUGGCAGUAAGUUGGUGCUAAUGACUUUAAUUAAAAUUAAUCAGUCAUAAUUUAGAUUAGUAAAUUUUCCUUAAAGUAAAACAAGUUGAUGUUUGAAUUUAUAAUGUUUUAAUAAUAAUAAUAUUGAUAAAGAUACGUACUUCAAAAAAAGAAGUCAAUUCAUUCCAACACCAAAUGCUGAGACGUAUUGACAUGUAGAGAGCAGCAGAGAACUUUGAACUUAUUCAAUCCUAAAAUGUAAUUGUUAAGAAAAACUAUGAGAAAGUUAAGAUAUCAAAAUAAUUUGUUUCUUAAAGUAAUCAAAAAAUUUCAUGCAGAAAAAUGAUUAAUUCAUAAACACAAAAAACAAACCAUUUGAAUAGAAGGAAGGCAAUUUGGUGUGAAUGAAAGAUAAUUUUGCGAGACAUUUUGAUCUGUAAUUGAUCACAAUAAAAAUUUCAAAAGGAAACUGAACAUUUAACAAAUUGCUGAUUUAAUGUGACAAUAGUCAAAAUAAUGUUUUAAAAACCCGACUGCCCUAAUCUGUAACUCAGUUUCCACCUUCAUGCUCCACGAGACCUUGCAGUCGAAGAAAUUCAGCUCUCCUGUUAGUCAUUUGUACAAAGUUAGAAAAAAUACUUUGAAUGCAAAACCUCAGCACUGUUGUUCUGCUCUUUCAGCAAAGCAGGACAAACCUCCAUUGUCAUACUCAAUAUGCACACACUAACCAUCUGUACACACUUGGGUUAUUGUAUGGCUGAAGGUGUUCGAGCAGGAAUGAUACACACAGACACAUUGUGAAAAGUUGCUUGAAUCAUUUUUGGACUAUUACACUGAGGUUGUACUUUACUUGGUGGGAGUCCUAGUGUGUUACUUAGACAAAGGUCCAUGUCUGACCUGUCCAAAGUGUCAAGAGAAUUUGCAAGGAUGUGUGCAGACCCCAGAUGGCUGUGAGGUAGAAAUAGUUAAUCACAGCCUAUUUUUAGUUGAUUGGUUACAUGCUGAGGGAACAAGAGAGCAAGCCAACCUACCGUCGAGGACCAAUGAAACCCAUAGUGCACUGUCUAUGGUUUGAUGCAAAGCAGGUCAACAGGCGAGGAUUUCCACAAGAUGCAUGGCUGAAAUUUACAAACGAGUGUGCAGGGUGCUUUGGAGAACAGGAUCCUUUGUAUCAGAGGCAAGACAAAGAGACUUAUGGACCAGUUGCAGUUUUGGUAUCACCAUCUUGGGUAAAAAGUAGGGCUGGGGCGAUUUGUCGACGUAAUCAACGUAAUCGACUACAAAAAUUCGUUGCAUGAUGACGUAGACAAUGGCUACUUCAGGUAACGGUGGAGGAAUGGACAGCAAAUGAGCUCCACCUCAUGCAUGAUCUAUGAGCAGCUUCUCUCCAUCAAUGCACGUGUUCUUCCUGGCUUCCUCGUUCACCUUUCCAAGAUUGCGCCGCUUUCAUUCAAGGAGACAUGUAGUGAACUGUCAAUCAAAUAAUCCACCGCUGGUGCAGCAAACGCCACAGUGAAUGCUGCAUCAUACGCCCUGCAUCCCAUAACUAAUUCAUUCACUUUAAGCAGUUAGCUCGGAGUUGAAGUAUCAGUUUUGUGUUUUUAUUUGUCCCUCAACUCGCUAAUUAAUCAGCUGUGGAAUCACCAGCGAUUGCGAGCACCGCUGCACAUAUACUGAUACCAUACCUGCCAACACUCCCGUUUUUCCCGGGACUCUCCUUUAUUUCAGACCUAUCUCCCACCCUCCUCCCGUAUUGUCAUUUCUCCCGGGAAUCUCCAAUAGUUUUCAUUUACAUUCAUUCAUGAAUCGGAUCACGAUAUUUGUCCAAAGUUGCCAGGUUUCCAGACAACUUUAGAUUGUUAUGUGUUUCUGCUGAGCCUCACAGACACUGAAUUGAUGCUUUUACUUGACAGUUUGUGAUGAUUCAGGUCGGUUUAAGCUGUAAACUACAUUUAAACAGUGUUUGUUGCAAAAUGAAAACUUCUGUGAAAGGGAAACAAAUGUGAGAUAUAAUAUUUACGUUGAUAGUCUUGCACCGUCUCAGAGUGAUGUGUUUAGGGCAGCCUCAGAUAAAAGAGUGCUGUAUUGCACACACAGAUGUUCAGAGAGCCUUAUACGGGAGAGCAUGUAAAAUAUACAAGGACUCUAACACUAAUAUUAGUGGACUAAAUAAGUUCAAGACAUAUCGUAGCUAAUAUUAUUUUUUUAUUACCAUUUGUUAUUGUUAAAAAAAAAAAAGUGUGCAGCUUCACUUAGACUUAUUUGGAUGAGCAAUCUAAUUACAAAUACUCUCAUAAUGAGCUCAUAUCCACCGUACAAGGUAACCCCAAAACUGCCCAGCGCACGCUGCAAAAAUCUACAGGAAUUUAUAACCUAAAUGUUUUGUUUUGUUUGAUUUCAAGAGAUUCUUGACUAAAUCAUUGAAUUAAAUACUAAUAGGAAUAGGACAAGUUUUGACUUGCUAUUUUGGUUAAAUUCAUUGUAAUAUUAAGAAUAACUUUUCCUGAAGGGAAAUUCAAUAUUAAUUCAAUAUUAAUAUUGAAAAAAUAAUCUUUAGAAUAAUCAAUAAAUUAGUCGAUAGAGUAGUCGACUAAUCGAAAAAAUAAUCGUUAGAUUAAUCGAUAGGAAAAUAAUCGUGAGGUGCAGCCCUAGUAAAAAGCUCUGUCCUGCAGAACCUAUCUCUAAGAAUUAACGCCAUAAUCUGUCAGGUUUGACAGCCUCCAUUUGGAACAGGGUCAUAUUUUGAUAUAUUACCGAGGUUUCACAUAAAAUGCUUGGACAUGAUUUGUUGCUGAAUGUUUUAUGCAUUACCUGCACUACUCCAUGUGUAAUCUAGAAGGCUUUGCGGCUACCAUUCUUCCUUGUCCCCUUUACAUCACUGUAUCUGUAUGUCCACUAAUGUAAAUGCUACAGCAGAGCCUUGCUCCUGUGCAAAAGAUUAGCAUAUCUUGUUAUUUUUUAUGCUGGCUCUGUGCACAUUUCUUUGUUUCACAGAAUGUUGUAGACAAAGGAAAUGUGUUUAUUUAAACACCUUGUUCGGUAAAUGGGCGUAGUCUGUAAGGCUUGUUAGAUGCAUCUGCGGUGACACCCCAUCUUGCCUGAGAGGAUUUCAUAAUCAUCCAAAUGGCAUGUGUUUUUUUCUUGUUAUGCUGCAGUUAUUUGGAAGCUGCAUUCUGGGCUACAUGUUUAAUAAUAAGCAUUUUCUUGUCGCUAUGGAUACAUCUUCAUCAUCAUUGCAGGAAUUGAUUUAUGGAAAAAAAAUGGACUGGGUCACAGUGCAGCCGCUGAGAUUGCCCCCUAAAGACAGGCAGCCGAUUGUUCCAAGAUUUGUGCUGCUUAAAUGGUGUCACCUACACAUCCCCAUGUCUUGUUGUUGUGGAUAGAAUGAGGCGAUGGCAGAUUUCGUCACACAAGAAUUGUCUAGUAGUAUUGGAACAAGUGAUUUACAUUUGAUGCAUGAUGGUGAGACACAGGAAGGCAGAGAAAGUAGAUGGAUGCUUUCCAGCCUCCCACAUCCAUGACCCCCUGUCCCUUUCCUUUAGCACCCUUGAGUCACAAGCACAUGGACUUUUUUCUUCACUCUGUUAGCCAUUGGUUCAGUGCUGUGCUGUGAGCAGCUCAAUAACUGUUUUUCACUCUUUUAUACAUCAGUCAGUCUUUAGCUCCACGCCCUUUCCCCUUCUAUGUCCUCCUGUCCUCAUAUCUACCCUCUUUUUGCCUUUAUUUGAUAGGACAGUGUAGUGAGUGAGUGAGUGAGUGAGAAAGAGAGACAGACAGAAAGAAAGAGAAAAAGAGAGACAGAGACAUGCAGCACAUGGUCAGGGCCGCUGCAGAGACCACAGUCCACAUAUGUGGGUGAUCCACACGCCUCAACCCACUCCUGCUUUUUUGAUGCAUACACACUUGUCAUGUUUGCCAUCAUAUGCUCAUUUCUCACACCCUCUAUCCUCUGUCUGUUUUUUCAUUGUGCCUUGUUUCUCAAUGUGCAUUUGUGUGUAGGAUAUGAUGGAUGAUAUCUGUCAAGAGCAGUUCAUGGAGAUGAGCUACCUUAAUGGAGGCCAGGAGCAUGGAGCCCGAGGCCGAGGGGGCCUGCCAGUCAGGGGUCGGGGAGUCCCCCCUUCUGGCACACACAGGUUUGGAAAAACACAAAUGCAUUCAAACACAGGGACCUUUCUGUACCAGCUCACCACUAAAGUAUAGAGACGGGAGAAGCAAAGGAGCAGCCAAAUGCUUAAACAGAGAGUUUUUGUCCUUGGGAUAGAUUUUCUGACCAACACAUGCUCGCCAUCGAAGUCAUUCAUAAUAAAACCAAGAAGCUGACACAAAAGCUUCUUUCCAUCGAACAAUCAUUACGCUGCCAUGACAUUGUUCCCAUUUACUGGACCAACUUUACAUGUAAAAGAAAAAAAAAACAUUUCUUUAUGUUUGAUCAAAUUUUAACUUUCAAACUUUUACUGCUGAAGGUGGAUGAAAUGUAGAUAAACAGAUACUUGUGUACAAAGUCACCUUGGUAUUUACAUGUACUCUAGUGUUCAAAGUCAUCUGAAGCAAAAGUGAAAGAUUGGAGUUGUCUAAAGCUUUAGAGACACAGGUCUAAAUGAUGAAACUGCUUUUAAAUAUACACUGAGAAAUUCUGUAAUUGUGUGUGAAACUGAGAUUUUGUGUUUUGUAUUGAUACUUUUCCAAGUCUUCGUGCCAGUGUUUGUGUUGAGCUUGAAGUUAGCCUGCUCUUGUAAAUUGGCAGUUGUUUAUGAUUACCUGCAGGCUGUGGACGUGCUUGAAAGUACGAUACUCUAUUAGCUGAUGGCACAUUUCAAAAGAGCGUGAGUGUCCGUUUGUUUUUGUAAUCACCAACCAGGUAACCAGUCUCAAUGCCGCUGAGGUCCAGAACUAGGUGGAUAUAUUCACUUGUAGAAAGUGUGUACUAUUAUGCUGUAUAAGCACACUGAGCUCAUUUCUUGCUCUGAGUAAUCAGCCACAGCCCAGCAGCUUUCUCUGGAAUAGCUUCUUUGUUUACAGAAUGCUCUGUCUGUCACUCAAAGUUUAUUGCAAACCAAAGUUUAUGAAAAUUAAGACUUCAUUCAGAAAAUGUCUUCAUCACACACACUGAGCUGUCUGACAGUUCACCUCAUAUUCUGAACUGUUAUUCAAUCUGAAGGUUGUAAACUUGCUUGUAAGACCACUCCACAAAAUUAUCCAUGCCGAUGACAUGACAGAACGGACCCUGUGCAAACUACUCCUAUGCUACAUGUUUGCAGAGUACGGCUUUAGAUAGUCAGCAGUGAUACUGUGGAGAGAGAAGUUUUUCAAUCCUUUGAAACACUUUGAACAAAGGUCUUUUUAUUUUUAUUUCAAAGGAAAGAUCCUCUCUUCAUAUGACCUUCCUUUUUGAAAGUGCGUGAGUGUGUAAAAAUACGCCAAGGAAAUCUGACAAUGAUAUCAAUCAACUCAUCCAGCUCAUGGAAAGAUAACAAAGACCCAUACUUUGUGAUGACAACACCUUGUUCCUUUUUCUAGGGGUAGAGGAAUGCCUCCUCGGGGAGGUGUGACUAGAGGAGGCCCAGGCAGAGGUGGGGCACCAAGGGGUGCUCCAGCUGGUCGAGGAGGACCUCCUGCAGCCCCUGCCAGGGGAACGGUGUCAGGCCGUGCCAGGCCCCCUGCUGGCAGUCCCCCUCAGAGAAUGGCACCUCCACCCCACCACCAGCACACGCCUGCUGCAUCCGGGGAGAGCUACGAGGAUUACGUUAGUACACAAUAUCUUCUCGUAAUGAUCACUGUUGAAUUAUCUCAUUAGCUGACAUGCGGAUGUGGUUUGCAAAAUGAUAUCAAAGGCUGUAUUAUGAUAUUGAUUGCAGUUCUUAUUAUAAAGACAAGUGACGUAUCUUGUUGAAUUAGAAUUUUGAUAGAUUUACAAAUAAGAAAAAGGGAAGAGGUGUUCAGUCAAAAAAUGAUGUGCUCUGUUGUGACUAAACACUGGUGUGAUGUAGCCAUUUCAGGUCGUCUUUUUUUUUUGCCUGUCUCUUAAUGACUUUGCUCGGGGCCCUCUGUUUACAUUCAGCAAAUGAAUUGCAUGUCUGUGCACAACAUGAUGGGAGCAAGCCCGCUUUUGUUCAAGCUUUGUACUUAGGGGACACCUUGACACUCCUGAUUUAUGAACAAGCCUCUGCUUACAUCUCUCUCUGUUUCUCUGUUUCCUCUCCUCUCCAGGGCUACGAUGAGAGCUACACAGACACGGCCUACGAGUCAUACGACAGCUAUUACAGUCAGCCGCAGGCGUGAGUGAAUCAGACGUCUCUUUGGUUUUCACCUGCUUCUCAUAGAGAGCACGCACAUUGCCUAGUUACAGAGAAAAGGAUUUGAGAGGAGCAGAAAUACAUUUUAGACACUCUGCAAAAAUUCGGUGCUGAUGGAACUUCAUGUUUCAUGGCUUGGAAGGCGGUGUUAUUAAGGAGAACCAGCCGGGACUAAGAUGUUUCAUGCUUUGGCGUUAGCUUUGAUCUUAUUCAUGGAAGCCAAUUAUCAUCCCUCUCGACAUUUCUGUCAGCAGCUACUUGAUGUUUUUCAAAGAUUAAAAGUUAUUUCUUCUCUCUCCCUCUUUUUUGAACCAUCAGAGAGCCUGAGUACUAUGACUAUGGACAUGGAGAGACAACUGAGUCUUAUGAGUCGUAUGGUGAGGGGAAAUUUUAUUGAUUGUUGACAAAGGUGACCUACUUCUUAAAAAAAGGGUUCAAAGAGCUACUCCCCCCAAAAAACAAACAAACAAACAAACCAAAAAACAGUUUGGUGUAAGGUGAAUAUUUUUGUUAUUUAAUUUAAGUGGUAUUUUUAAUGAAGAGGCCAAACUGUGAAGCUGCAAACACUGGGAAAGGUUAUGCGAUCAUUUAAUUUACAGUGAUGAUAGGGGUGUACAACAAUGGUUUACAGUAAAUAUACGGCAACAGUCCCUCAUUCUUCAUAGUGGUUAGACAGAGUUUUAAAAUAACAAACUAACAGUGGUUUCUGUUGAUUGGUGUUAAAUGCCUUAAAAAAAUUCUACUCAACAGCCAGAAGAGCUAUUUUUGAGAUUGCUUUAAAGGCACUCUGAAGAUUUUGAAGAAUUGAGCAGUAAGUUGAAGGUUUGCCAGUGUCUGGCUUUGUAUAAUAUAAAAUCCUUUUGUGCAACUCCAACUUGCACUUUAAUGUUAGGAGAUUUGCCUACUGGGUUAGGAUGACUUACAAUUAAUAAAAAAAAGGGGGGGGGGGCUUCAAUUUUAGACAAUUAGUUUCUUUUUAAUGAAACCUGAAGUUGAUUGAAACCAAAUGAAUAAUUAUUCAUGUUGUUUUCCUUUGUGUGUCCACUUUAGGCCAGGAUGACUGGAAUGGAACUCAGCGCGCAGCUCCAGGGAAGGCCCCGCCCCCAUCCAGGGGUGCCAAGACAUCAUAUCGGGAGCACGCAUACAGACAGUACUAAAGCGGACUCACCACUCUUAAUGUGUCGCCCUGACUACCGCCUGUGUACCACGGCAGCUCUUGGUUUAAGCAGCCCGACAAAAGUAAUUGUCCGUUUUGUCUUGGUUUGGUCUUUCCUACACUGGACUUUACAUGAAAAAGCAAAUUGAGAACUGAAAAUCAGAACUGUUUUUUGAGAUUUAACCACGUCCACGUCCACCUCCCCCCACCUCUACUUUGUCAUUCCAACAAACCACCUAUCCAACCAGCCACCAUACCCACAACCAAAGCGGCUUUUAGAUGGGUCAGAGAGAAGUUGGCAUCUUUACUUUGUACAUUUUUCUUUGAGGUUUUGGUUAUUUUGCUGUCAUUUUUUUCCUCUUACCCUUUUUAACCCGACUGGCUUUUUUUGCAAUGUUUAUCCUCAAUUUUUAACUGUCCGGGAGCAUUCAUUUCUAGCAGAGUUAGGGGCUUAUGAUACACUUGUCUAAGGAACUCAUUAUAAAUGUUUUUAAAAAGAAUCUGUUGAGGGUCAGUUGCAGAUUCCCAUUUAGGCUACAUUUCAAAAUUCUGUUUAUAUAGCCAAAUAAAAUACCUUAUUAAAAUGUUAAUUAUGUAAUAUAAAAACAACAGAAAAAAAACUAUCUAAAAGUAAGUAAUGGUUAAGAAUCAAUGUUAAUGGAAUCAUUACAUUUCAUUCUUGAUGGUUUGUUUUAAAUAGCCCUUAAACGUUGUCCAUUUAGAAUUAGGCAGCAAUAUUUGUCAUUGUACUUAGAGUUUUGAAAUAUAGCCCUAAUAGACACUGUUGAGAUGGACUGUCCUCAUAUCCUCAAUUUGUUUUACAUGUUAAAAAUACAUUUUCAAACUCUGAAGACAAAAUGUUUGUUGGAUGAGAACAUGGCCAUGAGAUGGCCUUCUGUUAAGCGACCCCCAGUCCAGGUCUUCAUUUUGUGAUCUGAAUUCCUAUAAACUGCAUGCACAAAAUGUUCACAAAAAAGGAUUGGGACAAAAAUCUCCACAUGGGUCUUCUCUUUUGCUAGAGAGAAGGGAUCCUGCAGCUCAGUCUGAACUCUUGUACAUAUUUUAAAACAUCCUAACUGUACGUAUUCUGCCACUAGUAUCUGUACCCUCUCCAUAAAACGCAUUAUGCUACAUGUGUAAGCUUGCCUAAAUAGGAUACUAAAUCUGUCCAAAAGAUGUUUUGAAGCAGUUUGUCAAUAAAGCUUAGUUUGUUUUUAAGAAAUUUAACUUGCUUUAUUUGUUUGCUGUCCUAGUAAAAUUUUGAAAUGGCUUUUUUUAAAAAAAAUUUCAAGCAGUCAGAUGUAGGUGUUUUCAUUUGUUUCUCAUUCAAAACCGCAUUUUAAAUCUAAAUGAAUGUAUUGACGUCUGACAACUUUAACCCUAAAUGAUGUCUUGAUUGAUUAUCAAAAGAGCACAACUUAUUCUUUCUCUCUCUUUCUAUACUUUUUAAAAAGGACCCAGAGGUAAGACCUCUAAAAUAACCUGGAUAGCUUCCUAAUGUGUAUAGAGUUCUAAAGCAUUGAUUGCCUGGGUAUGUAUAAGACUUUUUCAAUCCUCUUACCUGUGGUCGUAAUCGUUAAUGAGAAUUGCUUUUAUAGCAUCUGAAAAUUAACUGAAUUCAAACCACCAUUCAGGUCUAGGCUUCAUUGUCAUGAAUGACCCUGGCGCGAUGGCUUUAGUACAGAGUAAUGGCAGUGCAAUGGAGAGGAUGGUUAUAACCUAGAGAACUCCACUGUAAAGGUAACCUAACCCUAAAUGUUUAAUUUCCUAGUGUGUUUAUCUAUUGACAUAAACUUGCUGGUAAAUGCGUACAAUUUCUUAAAAUAUUAUUACAGUUAUGGCAACAACAAAAAAGAACCAACUCAAAAGUAAGAAAAACCUAUUGUCCAAUAUCAUACACUAGUGGGUUUUAUAUACCAAAAUAACUGUUCUGUACAAUAACAAAAUCUAUUAGAAUAGCUUUAAUGCAACUCUUGCUAAAAUGAACAAAGUCAAAUCUAUGGCAAUAUCUUCUAUACAUUGAAGCUGCAGUUACUUUUUUAUUUGCUAUGUAAAGGUUGCUUACUGUAAUUAAAAGGGCUCUGCCUGUACAAAGUUAUUCCAAAUACAAGGCUUGAGUUGCAUGAGCAUAUCUUCUCCUGUAGAGAUUGCAUGAUGUCUGUCUCAAGUUUCUCCCAUUGUUUUUCGACAGGGUAUUGAUUUUGUGUUUGUCAUUCCUCUAGGCACAGCAAAUGGUCACUGAGUGCUCCAGACACUGACAGUCUAGAGGAGGGAGCCCAAAGACAAGUCAGGUUGGUUUCCUGCUCAACCUGUUUCCAUUCCCCCGGUCCAUGCCCCUGGUUUUCGCAUGCUCAGACCACUGACUGAAAACCAGCAGUUUUCUAACUACAUUGGCUCCUAAACAUUUAUUUUUCUUUCUACCCAUAGAAAAGGCUCUAGGCAGCCUUAUCUUUUGACUUUGGUUAUAUACUGUUUAAUCAUCAAUCUGCAUAAUUAUUUUUUAAUUACAGAAAAAAAUUAAUUGUGAUUACAGGAAUAAUCUCCCACAUUUAUGAAUGCAGUUACUCUUGAAACUUUGGUAUGAAAGUGGACAAAAAGAUAUUCAAGAUGGUUUUCUGUCUGCAGCCUCUUAAAGAGAACCUUCCUUUUUUUGGGAAUGUGCUAAUUGGUCUAUACCGUACAUGUGAUGUCAUAAGUUUGCAUUGCAGAAGUAAAAGAAAUAAAAGAAAAGACAAGGCCACGCCAAGAUAACUUCAUCUGCCUACCAUUCAAAACAAAUGCAUACAAGUUUUUCUGUUAUGUUUUAUUUACCAAGGUCCAGCUGUCUCAUAGUCUCAUUUAUAAAAUGGCACAUCUACCUUUUCAAUUCAAUCCUACCCUCCUAUCUUUGGACAGAGCUGAUGUUUUUCAGUCCCUACUUGCAAAGUAACUUUGAAAAAGCUAUCGAUAUCUCCCUGUGUUGGGUUAGCCUGAUACAUAAUUUGCAGGUAAUGGUGUAAAACAUUCAAAACCAACAGGAGGGUCUCUCUAACAUCAUUAAUUUCUUAUACGCUGCAAAAAAAGAACAAAAUAAAAAAAGCUCUGCUGAUGCCUGUGGCCAUGUCAGCCGGAAUAAAAUUAUGCAGCAGCAGCACGUUCAUAAUAUUCACAGUAUUUCAUAGGUUGGCUGAUUUUGAUGAUUGCCCAGCUCCUCUAAGUUGCCCGGCUUUUGACAGUGCCUGUGAAUUGGUGUGUAGCCAUGCUAGCCUUCAGCGAGUCUGAGUGUGUAAGAAUAUCAUGCUGGUGUCAGUGUAGUCUCGGGGAAAGUGACUAAUGAGGAUCUGUAGCUCAAGGCUCUCUGACAGAAGGAAAACAGAAGUGAGAGAGCUGUGGCGAUCCCCAAAAUGGAACCAGCAGAAGGAAAGAGUUGUCCGAGGGAUGGCUCAUAAUUCCCUCUCUGUGCCGAAGGCAGGAGAAAGAAACACUUGGGGAAAAAUCUGUCCUUAUUGGUAGGAUGUCAGAAACAUUAACUAUAUUGGCAAUCUUUUUGUGGAAAGCUGGGUAAUAACCCAUUUAAGAUUAUCUUGAAAUGUAAUUGGAUAAGAAAGAUCACUGUCUUGUCUGGAGAAUGUGUACAACAUCUCCCUACUGUGAUAAGACAUAUUUCUUUGUGUAUAUAAUACAGAAUGGGCUUCUGAGCAAAAUUAAAGUAUUCAAAAAAAAAAAAAAAAAAGGGUCUCAUAUCCAGAUUUUGUAGAAACCUCCAGAAUACUCUGAGGCCUGUGACCACUGCUCAUGGGAAUGUUCAGUACUCCAGUUCAUUCUUUACUGUAAUGCCAGGGAUAAGAAGUUACUUUGCAAGAAGUUGCUAAACUGUUGUCAAAAGGCUUUGUUGCUUAGCACGAAAAAGACCAUUUUUAUUCAUAUUACCAUUGCCAAAAAAUGUGUGAAAAGAAAGCUGUGUUUUGGCAAAGAUUACUUUUGACCCAUCAAUAAAUAAUUGUGAAACAGAGUGACUCAAGAACCAGUGAUGUGUGUUUUUCUGUGGGCUUACGACAGCCUCUCUCAUGGUUUUGUCUCCUAUCCAGUGAAGCGACACACAGAAGCAGCUCAGCAUGACGGAAGUGGUCAAGCCAAGCACACACGGGGCUGCCCUGUUCUGUCCCCGGCUGGGAGGGGCUGUGGUGGUGGGCUGCCAAGUGACCCACAGUUGCCUGUUGAUUUAGUGCAAAUCUGGUGCAGAAGCCCUCUGGAACACAACUGAAAUUGUGGCUGGUCAGUGAAGACAGGACAGAGCUCGCUGUAAUCCACUGUUUUUUAUUUCUUUUUUUUUUGUUUCUGUUUUUUUUUUUUUUUCUUUUCUUUUUUUUUUGUUUGUUUGUUUUUUUUGGCCAUUUCUACAAUUCUUCUCCAUGUUAGAUCAUUCAAUGCAGUAUCCUUUAAUUACCUUUGAACAUUAUUUAUUGAUGGUCACUGGACCCCUGCUUAUUGUAUGCAUCUCCUGCAGACCACCCACUCUUCUCAUGGAUGAAAUUGUUACCGCCUCAUUUGGCAUAAAAUAAUCAUUCUUGUCAUAGGAGGCAGUAAAAAUGUUUUUAAUCUCUUUUAACUGUAGAGUUUGAAAAGAAAACAACUUUGUUUUUUUUUUAAUGUCCGUUGUACUCAGUCAAAAUCAUCACAUCUGUGUAAGUUGUUGUUGUUGUUGUUGUUCUUGCUGCAUGUUGGGCAGUAUCUUUGACUUAUUGCUGUGUGAAAUUUGACUCAGUGCACAAGUUAAAGUUAAAGAUGCCCGCAAAGUGUGGAUCUCUAUCUCUUCACAGACGGGUUCACCACAAGCUCACACAACAACACACACGAACACACUCUGCCACAUCUUGGCAGUGCACGGCCUGUGUAGCCCUGAGGAUAUCAAAUGCUAAUUCAGUGGCCUAUUUGCAUGUACUCACAUGUACCCUCCCUACAAAUGUGUAACACUCUUAUAAGCAACACUGGCCUGGAUGCUGCUUUUCAGCAUCCAAGUAUGAUAAUUCGGUGAGAUGGGCCCAGGAGGAGAGCUGCAUGUGAGAAAGGGACAGAGGGUGAAGGCAGACAUUACGACUUCCCACAUCUAUCCAUCAUGCCUGUGUUGAUUCGAUUCCCCUUUAUGCCAUUUUCAGCCAUUAUCGCUGGUGAUAUUACAGCUGCCUGUGGUGCCGAGUUACAUUUAGAGGUCAAAACUAUACUUUCCUGUAUUAAAAACACAUUUCGCUUACCCGAUUCACUGGUCAGAUGCAGCAUUAACCAACUCAGAGGCUCCAUUUAGUUUAUAGAAAAAGGAAGCUGCUUAGAGGAUAGAACAUUAGAUAUUAGGGCAGAAACCUUCAUUUAAGAUGAAAUGUCAAUGGGCCAUAUCCAAAACAGAUCAUUUUUCAGUCUUGAUGAGCUAUUAUGUCUAAAAUAAUGAUUUUUGUGUCUCCUUUAAUCUAAUGAAAGAUAAGCGAUGGUGUGAAAGCCAUCUCCUUCGCUUUAAUCGAUGAACUGUCAACAGUGUAAGAAUGGAAAGAAAGUAAAUGUUACUGUGCUGUGAUCAAUAAAAGUAGACUUGAAUUUAAGCAAGCCAUGUAUUAGUCAUCUAUAAUGUUUCCUCUUUGCUGCAACAGUCUGCUACACAGUCUGCUGUUUCCAUUCACUUCAGUGCAAGCAGUGUGGUGCAACCAUACGUGGGAGAAUAGAUGGAAAAGGUGAGAGACAGAAGGCCAGGCAGGGUGAGAGUUGGGGGUUAUACUGCGUGUGGAGGAGGAUGUGGGAAAAUACUGUGAGUGUGUGUUAGAGGUGAAGAUAUUGUGGGCAGAAAUGGUGGACAGCUGGAUUCCAUCUUCUGGUCGUGGAGGAUUCACACCAUCAAAGGAACAUUGCAUGCUGACGCCUGUGAAGACUGUGACAAUCAGCCUCCCCCAGAAACUAAUCAGCUGCUGCUUCAGCUGCACAGACAGAAAUCUAGGUGACUGUUGGUGUUCCGAGUGGGAUGAACUGACCUCCAAGUGUCCUUGAUCUCCCAGAGGGAAUGCAGGUGAAUACUUACACAUGUAUUAGGAUGGCUAAUAUAGCAGGCAGUCUGUGCAUUGGAAAUUGAGAUCUAUGUACCAGUACAACCAGAUAAUAAAUAUAAAUCUACUACAAAUGACAUCUGGCAGCUGAAAUCAGACAUGGGGACUGCAAAGACUUAUGAUAAUCAGAGCAGCCACAGGUAAUCAGAUUGACGAGCCUAUAGACUUUACCCAAGCCAUGAUUUCCUUUCCUGUGCUGGUCAUUGUGGGGGUUAUUGGAGCUACUUCAGUUUUAAGAAUGCGCUGAGCAGGAAGGAUGACCUCUAUGACCAGAUUGUAGAUGUGGAGAUGAUUUAAAAGAAAGGAAUCAUGGCUUUAUCCCCAUUGUACAAUAGUCUGGCCUGGAAUCCCAUAAUGACUUACUGCCUCUUUUGUUCUCUGAUGUGUUUCUGUAGUCGCACACAACUGGAGCCAAAUUAAAGCUAUUUGAAUUAAUUUGUCAACACGAACACCAAUGACACCAGACGUCCAAGCCUCUUCUUACAUGUUCAAUACUCAAGAGAAUUUAUAUAUCCAAAGAGAUCAUGUUGAAUUCCUUUUAUCAUAGAGUUCUUUCUUCCUACAUGUUAAGUUAUGUACUGAGAAAUGAAUGAAUGAUGAAAAGUUGAGAUGUCGAUAGCCUCCAGAGAACAUUAUCGUUCUGACACUAUUGGUCAUUACAUGUCAUUCUUAUUUUUUUUCUCAGAAAACACCUAACAAUCCCUGUUCUUAAGAAUAUUUUGUGAAAUGAUGA